GUUUUCAUUGACGGGAAAGAAGUGCAGUCACCCUCGUGAAUUCAAGUGAUUUUCAUCUUGCGUCAGAUGUGAACACUUUCUUCUGACCUGUUCUAUGCCAACUUAGCUGAUGAAAGUGAAAGAGGAAAGUGAGGAACUGAAUGAAGAGGAGAAACAACAGUAUCAGAAACAUGAUCGUUUCAAAACUGAAGAAAAAUAUUUUAGUUGCUCUCAGACUAAAAAGAAACGCUCACAAAAAAAACCUCAAAGAACAAAAACAAAAAAAGCUCUUGCCUGCCCUCAUUGUGGAAAGAGUUUCACACAUAAAGGAAACCUUAAAGUCCACAUAAGAAUUCACACUGGAGAGAAGCCUUUCAAAUGUCAUGAAUGUGGAAAGAGUUUCAGAUGGCCAUGUAGUCUCAAAAAUCAUCUGUCCUUUCAUACUGGAGAAAAGUCAUAUAGCUGUGAUCAGUGCUGCAAAACAUUUUGUUCAGUAUCACUCUUAAGAACACACCGGACAAUUCAUCCAAUUGAGAAGCCUUACUUGUGUUCACUUUGUGGAAACCAUUUUUCCCAGCUGCACAAUUUAAAACAGCACCAGAAAAAACACACUGGUGUGCGAGAUCAUGUGUGCUCUGAAUGUGGGAAGGCCUUUUACAGAGCUUCUAACUUGGAACGUCACCAAAGAGUCCAUACUGGAGAAAAACCUUACAAGUGUUCAUAUUGUGAAAAAAGAUUCAGUCAUUCAGGAGCCCUGAAAUCACAUGAGAGAGUGCAUACUGGAGAGAAGCCACACCACUGCACUUCAUGCGGUAAAAGCUUCAUAACAUCAGCACACCUGAAAAAACAUGAGAGAGUACAUACUGGAGAGAAGCCGUUCCAAUGCACUUCAUGUGGGAAGAAUUUCACCCAAUCCAGCUGUCUACUGAAACACAGAAAAAAGCACUGUCCAGUAUUGUUGGCACAGUGAGAUAAGUUAACCCUUUAUUCGCUUUGUAAAUGGGAUGAAAUUCAGAAAAAAGCAUCAAAUCACAUUGCAUUUGGACUUGUGAGCAUUGUUUUAAUUUGGGAGCAUAUGAUAUUUUUUAUAUUCUGUUUAUGUUUAAAGCUACACUAUGUACAUUUUGGCCUCUAGCGGUUGAAGCAUAAAACUCCAGGUUACUUGUGGAGGAACGUUGUUUUGGAAAUUACGUGAGUCGGGCUUCGGCUAAUCUGAUGGUUCGAGGAGUAACCAUGGUUACAGGUGGUCAUCUCAUCAGAGCGAAUGUCACUAACGACAACAAAACUCACCCCCUCACCUCAAAAAAUAUAUAAAUAAAUAACAAAAUGAAGAGAAAGACGGAUAUCCGAAAAUAUGUCUUAUAAGCAGGUAAGUAGCAUAUCUUCCGCUGUUGUUUUGACUUAAAUAGCGUUACAAAAGUUAGACAUAAUGCUAGUCAUAUCAGAUAAAAAUGGUGGAAACUAUUAUAACUUAGCUAGCAGGCCAAUAGACCAAGGUUGUAACUAGGUCAGUGAUUGGCAUUGUUACCAGCAUAAAAGUUAAACAUUUUUCCAUUGUCCUACUUUCCUUGAAACUGAAAUUGAAAGCACACAUUUUUAAAAUAGAAAUAAUUAUUAUAGGCUUACAGUAGUCAAUCAAGGCAAUGCAAAAAACAUGGUUGCAUAGUACUUGCUCAUUAAUGAAAUUCUUAUUAAAAAAAAUCAGACGUUACAAGCGAAAACACAACAAAAAGCCAAUUUGGGGCUUUUAUAUCUCUAUUUAUUUCUAUAUAUUUUGUAUGUGAGUGACACAAUAUUUGUUGAAUUCUACUCGAGAACUUUCCGAUCUGCACAAGGUUUUGACCAUAUGUUUGAUGGCACAAUAAUUUCAGGAGUUAUGAGAACGGAAAUCACUUUUCAGCAGAUUAUAAAGCCUCAGUUAAGAGUUCAAUUGCCUGAUCUAUGUUUUUUCCAGCACUGAACAUCAAAAGUAUGCCAAAAGAUUUAUAUGUACUAUGUAUUGGGAUUUAAGCAACUCAGCAGCAAGCAUACAGUAUAUGACUGAUUUAUUUGUAUGUACCAAUGUGUUCCAAUACUUCAGUGAACUUGAUAUUACUGAUACAGUAAUGUAAUAAAUACGUUGGAAUCCAUGAAUUACAUUGCUUUUGUUUAUUUAUGAAAUGUAUCAUUAAUAACUUGUAUGACUUAUGAUUUCAAGCUCGAUUACACUUACACUGUGCUUGAGGCCAAAACUAAAGCUGUUUCCGAAAUCGUUCAUUUAUUCACUCUAUCCUAUAAAGUGGAUUGCAGUAUUGCACAAUAUUAUCAAGGUUUGAACAAAACAAGUGAGCAAUUUUGGAUGCUUUUGUAUACACAAAGCAUCAUAGAGUGCCCUAGAGCUGUCGCAG